AUGGAUGGUACAACGACACAUGCUAUUAUUGAAGAAUAUCAAUCAAAUAAAAACACAUCAAUUGUAAAUGGUUAUAUCAAUGGAUAUCACAUUAAAACAAUCUUGAUUUUUCUCAAUCAUCAACAAUCACAAGAACAAAUUAAUGCUUUUCUUACUGAACAAGCAUCACCAGGCCUUUCAAUCAUAUCACGUCCAACAAGACCAUUAGAACAGAAAAUAUGUUUUGUUUUUACUGGACAAGGUCCACAAUGGUGGGCUAUGGGUACACAAUUAUAUGAAAGUGAACCUUUAUUUAAUAAAUGGAUUAAUUUAAUUGAUACAGAAAUGACAAAAAUUAAUAAUGGUGAAUGGAGAUUAUAA